UAAUAUUAUAUUUUCUUUGUAGAUUAAAUGAGUGUGAGUAUGAUGGGAGAACACUCUUCUGUGACAGCUGUUGUGAAUUCGAUUGUUGUAAAAGUGUGGGCGGACUGUCAGGUCAUGCCAGUUUUGGGAUUGCAGGAGGAAGUAUGCUUUUCAUGGCUGGGAGCUGCAUCUGUAUCUGUCUCCGAUGGAGGAUUCAUAAGGAACAAAGAGAACGACGUAGAGCAGCAGCUAUUGCAAAUGUCCCAGGAUCUGUUGUUCUAACUAAUCCACACCAUGCCGGCUACGACCAAACAAGAAUUCCAUCUAUUCAUCAGCCAAACCCUGAUAAAAUAAGGUUAUCUGAAAAUCAAGUUAGCAACACAAACCAGACUGGAUACGACCAACAGGUGCCCAAUUUCGAGCCAAUCCCUCCACCGCCGUAUGAGAGUGUAACUAAACAAACACAGAAAUGAUCUUGGUUGUGCAGAGAGAUAGCAGGAUAAAAUAACUUAUCAUUAUAAAGCAUGUCUAAAAGACCACUUAUAUAUUGAAAAAUAAGUGACUUGUAAGGCCAGGUGGUCUCUGUCAACAUGUGACUUUUAACACAGGCUUGACUGUAUAUUUGCUAGUAGUUUUAGACAAUUCAUUGACAGAGUCAAACAAGUUUGUUCUAAUAAUGAAAAUGAUGUAGAUAGAAAUGUAAAUGUUUUAUAAGCAAUAUUUAUUUGCACUUGCCUACAAUAAGUCAUUAAACGCUAUCAACUUCUUAUAAUCGAGAUACUGCUAUAGUGAGCAUAUUUAUUUUGUAUUUUUUUCGGCAAGAUCGUUCAUACAUAAAGGAAAUUUGAAAUGUUUAUACUGCAAGAACAGUACAAGUUUGAUGUUACGAUUCUUACAUCUUUUACUUUAACACUAGACCGUUAGGCAAAUGUAGAAAUUUACAUAGCUGCAAUUAUAUAUUAUCUUUACCGUUCGUUUGCAUUUAGAGAACAAAAAUGUUAUUUAUUACUUGAAAAGAAACUUGUUUUUAGAUGCUUUCAUAGUUAAAACGACAUCAUAGUAAAAUGUGGUAUUCUGCUUCAACAUUUUUGUUUACACAUUUUACCUAUUCUGUCAUUUCUGCUUUUCGAUGUAAUGACCCUUUUAUUACAACACUCCAACUUUUUGUUUUUGUGUUGUUUGUUUUGUUAUCGAAUGGAAUUUUCAAUGAUUAUCGACGUUAAAGUAUAAAUGAUUGAAAGGUUUUUAUAUGCGCUAAGAAAUAGAACUGUGUCUGGUCAUGCAUAAUAAAUGAAAGUAGUCCGGCAACAUACAAUACAAAAUGUACAGUGCGUUUUUUUCCAACCUGUUCAUAUUUACUUGUCAAGUACAUUAUAUAGGUAGAUAUAUAAACAUUUAUAUUCAGAUUUUACAUUUUUGUGUACUUUAUACUGUAAUACUUUUUGAUCAAAGAAGUGUGUUUAAUCAUAAGGUUAAAACGAAUUAAAAAGCAACAUAAUUAUACAUGAUGCUUGAACUAAAGGAUUAUUGUUUGAGUUUUAUUCAGAAAUAAAGAAAAUUAAUUGUCGAACAUAUUUGAAUAAAUAUCUGAAUUAUUUUAA